CGUUGCCAUCCUACGCGAUGGAAAUGAGCGACGAGUAUCAAGACAUGGGGAACCCUGGCGGAGGGGUGGCGAUGGCGAACAUGCCAAUUGCCCAUCAUCGUCACACGCCCGACAGUCCAAUGUCGCAUCAGGAGGAGGAUUUGUCGGAUCCAGACCUCCAAGACGAGGAGAGCGGCGAGGAGUUACCUCAGCAGCCGCUCCAGGGUAACACGCACACCACGGACAAUGGAUCCAUGCCGGUCAGCACACCUACUCCAUUAACACACUUGAACAGCCUGAUGAGCACGCACCAUCCGCACUUUCUGGCCAAGCUGAAAAUGGAGAGCGACGUGGACGCGUUGAACAACAAAAGCGGCCUGGAAGCUCUUCAGGCGGCCAUGGGCGGGACCGGGUUCAAUCUUCCGUUCACGUUUCCGCCGCCAGCGGCGUUCCUGACCCCGCAGCACCACUCCCAGAACAAUCAUCCGCAGUCGGGCAAUAUCGGGGGCGGUCUUGGCAAUCAGAUGACAUCUUCCGCGAGCUCGCAUUCCAGCGAAUCGUCGCAAGGCAGCGCGAGAAACGGCGGCGAACCGCGGGAGAGCAACAAUCAUUCGCAGAACAACACGACGGGAACGAAUCAUCAGCAGCAGACCAGCUGGAGUUUCGAAGAGCAGUUCAAACAGCUCUACGAGAUCAACGACGACCCGAAAAGGAAGGAGUUUCUGGACGACCUUUUCAGCUAUAUGCAGAAACGAGGCACACCGAUCAAUCGGCUGCCGAUCAUGGCGAAAUCGGUUCUGGAUCUAUACGAGCUGUACAAUCUGGUGAUCGCCCGAGGCGGGCUGGUCGACGUAAUUAACAAGAAGCUCUGGCAGGAAAUCAUCAAAGGCCUCCACCUGCCAUCGAGCAUCACUUCCGCCGCGUUCACUCUACGCACCCAGUACAUGAAAUACCUGUAUCCGUACGAGUGCGAGAAACGACGGCUGUCAACGCCCGCCGAGCUCCAGGCGGCGAUCGACGGUAAUCGCAGGGAGGGACGUCGCAGCAGCUACGGGGCGUACGCGGGCGGCGGCGGGGCUGGCGAGAGUCUGGUGCAACGGAGCCCGCACACGCCGAGCUCGUUAGCGUUGCACGCGCAAAUGUCGCCGUUGUCGUUGGUCACCGCGGUUGCUGCCAGUGGUCAGCACCAUGGACCCCAGUCGUUGGUGAACGGAAGCGCCGCGCACACCCCUUUGACACACCAUCCGCACCAUCCGCAACACCCUCAGGGACCGCUGGGACAGCCACCGAAUGCCGGACCGAUCCCGGGAAUGGCGCCGUCCGAAUUCGAGGCACGAAUGGUGGAGUAUGUGAAGCUGCUGAACAAGGAGUUAAGGAGCGCGGGAGCGGGCACGCCGCCGCCGAUGAUCCAUCGGCAAGGUAGCGCGUCGCCGCCGUCCUCGACGCCGCCGAGGGACGCAGCGUUCAGCGCCCUCGAGAUGUCACGACUCACCCUAUGGAACAUGUACAACAACAACACACUUUAUCCAGGCGUUGGUCACCAGCCACCAUUAUCGCCGCAGACCUCGCACUCGCCGGUACCUCCAGCGUCCAGCCCAGAACCGCAAAGGGAAGCCCUCGAUCUUGGACUCAGGUCAUCGCCGGUAUCUUCGUCGCCAGCGAGACAAAGUUCACCCUCUUCAGGCGGUAGCGUGCAAGUGAAGAGGGAUCCAGACAUAAUCGGCACCCCUGGUCCUCCACCGGCGAAAAGGUUACUUUCCGACGACGACAGUCCAAUCGAGAAAAACGCUUCGGCCUCCAUAGGCACGCACAUUAAAAUCUCCAAUCGAGGAGACGGCAGGAACGGCGACAAUUCCCUGGUGGUCAGUAUGGAGCUGAACGGGGUGAUGUACCAAGGUGUUCUGUUCGCCCAGACGGACAGCAGGACCGCGAGCAGCACAUCGGCGAACAACAACACCGCGAAAGCGUCCCGGAGCGUGGUCUCGUGAACGACGGAACGACGUGCAUGACACGCAGCCUACCCACGAUGUGUCUCGAUACUUAAUUAACGACCCUUGUAGCAUUCAUUCGUAGCGAUAAUAGUCGUCCUCGUGGGCGGACGCGAAACACCGGUCUGCCGCACGUUCAUUCACCACCGAUCGGCAACGACGGUGCGUUCGUAAUUGUACAAAUCUUAAAGUUUAUUUCUUUCGAAUCGUGUUUCGGAUUCGUUCAGAGGAGAGAGACAGACGGUUACGUUCAGUUCAAUUCCGUGCGUUCCCCCCUUCCCAUUUUGUCCACGCGGGAGGCUCCAUGGGAUCGUUUAGUUUUGCUUUUUACCGCGAGUGUCUAUCCACGGGUCGUUGAAGGUUUUCUCGGGUCGGACAAAAGGCCGACAGGCAGGUUCUCGAAUGAGUUCUGAAUUUGUUAUUGUGAUACUAGUUGAGCGUUCAACCGAUCGUCGGUGCUUGCCCCCC